UUCGAACUUGUGGGAAUAUCAAUGAUACAUAUAUAUCCCACAUCUCUUUUCAUCUCUGCUCAUAAACAAUGCCGAAAAGGGGGAGGCAGAGCCUUUCGCUCUUUACGUCGCUUCCAGACGAUCUUCGUCGGUCAAUACGCUCAAAGUCAGGGGACACUACCCAACUCACCGUCCAACAUCCGGUUGACACACCUACCGUGCCUGUAGAUACUUUGUUCAGUACUCAGACAUUAUUACCCACUCAACCCUAUUCGAACAAUGAAGAAGAAGAAGAAGAACGAUGUGAAAAGGGUGUGGAUUUGCCAGGUAUCAAGUCCACGCUAGUAAACGGCGCAGGGACAAUCGAAGAGUCCGGAGAGAAGGACAUAACUCUGAUGGAAGUGUCUCAAGCUCAGAUCCAGGCAGAGUCCCAGUCUUCACCGAAUCAGAAUGAGUCAUAUCAAAUGGAAGCAUCCGCUUCUCUGUCUCCCACCGCUCGCCGAAAAUCAGAGUCAUAUAAUGUCAGUUGGCUAGGUGGCACAAACAAAAUUGUAAAACCCUCUACGGCCAAAGCACGAAAACAGUCCAAAAAGAGACAACGUCAAGCUGGCACGAUUGUGAACCCGCAUAUUGACCAUCCAUGGGACUGUACCGGGUUAGUACCGAGGUUCACUCAUGUUGAUCACGUACCUAAGCAAUUACAAAAGUAUUUUCGUCAGCGCGGCCUUCUUUUUCCCGAAUACGACAGAUUACCACUUCUUUUAGAUCAUACUGGGUGGUUCUCGGUAACACCGCAACCUAUUGCGACCCACAUAGCGGAACGUUGUCAAUGUGAUGUGAUUGUGGACGCUUUUUGUGGUGUUGGCGGAAAUGCCAUUGCGUUUGCAAAGACUUGCGAAAGGGUUAUUGCCAUUGAUAACGACAUUACACGAUUAAAAUUAGCCAGGCACAACGCAUUGCAUCAUGGUGUGGCCGAUAGAAUCGAGUUUAUCUUGGGAGAUUAUACAGAAUUUGCUCGAUCAUUCGCAGAAAAGAAUCCCGGAGACAAAAUUGAUGUUGUCUUUCUUUCGCCACCCUGGGGCGGAAUCGAUUACUUGAACAGCCCUUCUGCUACCUACUCUCUUUCCUCGAUUCUUCCUAUCCACGGGAGAGAUUUGUUCAAUCUCACCUCCAAACUCACCCCGAAUAUCGCAUACUAUCUUCCCAGAAACAUGGACAUGCAGGAAAUAUCAGAGCUUGCCCGAGAACUGGAUUAUCCUGAUCCAGAAAGAAGAGGCAGAGUGAGGGAAUGGGUAGAAGUCGAAGAAGAGACUGUCAGGGACAAGGUCAAGGCCUUGACGGUAUAUUAUGGGGGAUUGGUGGCCGAUGAAUGAGAGCAGCAUUGCUUCUGAAUGGGUCUUUCUGCGACGCAUAUCUAUCCAUGUUUGUACCUAUUAGUGCCUAGUGGUGUUAUGACUUAGACGAUAGAUCGAUCAUGAUUGUACAACAAACGAAUGGCAU